AUGUAUUUCGUUUCGCACGCGCUGUGGACUGUCGCUGGCCUUUGCGCCUACCAAGGUGCUGUCGCCACAGCCGCAGGUGUUCUUGAAGCCAGUUUGGUCUUCCCGCGUAACAACACGACGUACGAGCCCUCGAAGAAGUUUCCCAUCGUCUUUGCCGUCCAGAACUCACAACUGCUCGAGUAUCUCCAACUUUCCUUCGACGAGCGCAUCCUGAACAGGACGAAGCAGUCCGAACGAACCAGGACUUUUGACAAUGAAUACAGCUACAAUUACACAGAAGUUGACGUCGUCUCAGACGGCUCGUGGAAGAUUAAUUGGUGGGAUGUAACCGCUUCGCAGAGCGACCCCUACCUCCACUGGUUUUAUCUCGACCUCCGGGACGAAGGCCCUUUUUCUAUGGGGUGGUGGGUGGAGUGGGCAGCGUGCAACGAGACCGAGGACCGUAUGGGCCAGGAUUCCUAUACUACCUUUGGGAACCAUCGUUUUCCACUGCUUUAUGAGGACGUCUUUGUGGUGGAAUUUGAGACCAAAAAGGGCGGCCAAAAGGUCGAUCUCGUCUCUGGAACAGAGAACAACAGCGACGACGACUGCCCAGCCGAUGGAGUGGCUAUCGAGGUAUCCGACGAGGUGGCCAAUGCUACCGUGUACGGAUCAGUCUUUACGUCAACAGAGACGUGCGCUGCGCUUGUCACCUCCACACCCACGCCAACCGCCAACCCCUGCAAGAUCAAGAUCGACAAGGCUACCGUGGAGAGUAUGGACGCCCACGACCUGGAGGAAGCUUGCAAAGGUACAUUCCCCCCCGCCGAGUGCCCGGAGGACGAGGACCAUGCGGUACACAUGCUGGCCGCGGAAGGUCUUGCCAGUCUCCUCGCCGCUGCCGUCGGCGCCGCCUUGUUCCUCUUCUGA